UCUUCACGAGUCUCAUUUCUCCCUCCACUAGUCGCCACCCAUUCAUUCCAUUGUGUUGUGUCUAUGCAGUUCAGCUCCGCUUCCUGCUUACAACCCUAACUCAUAGUGUUGAUAGAAGGCAAUACUUGGAAAUAUCAGAACCUCGAGCUGCAAUGGAACUGUACAGCAAGAUGGCCUCUACCCAAGAUGCCAGGUAUGGCCAGAAAGACUCCUCGGAUCAGAACUUUGACUACAUGUUCAAGUUGCUCAUCAUUGGUAAUAGCAGUGUGGGGAAGACAUCUUUCCUAUUCCGCUAUGCAGAUGACUCCUUUACAUCUGCAUUCGUCAGCACAGUUGGGAUUGAUUUCAAAGUGAAAACUGUAUUCAAAAAUGAAAAGAGAAUCAAGCUUCAGAUUUGGGACACAGCAGGCCAGGAAAGAUAUAGGACCAUCACCACAGCCUAUUACCGUGGAGCCAUGGGCUUUAUUUUAAUGUAUGACAUCACAAAUGAAGAAUCCUUCAAUGCAGUCCAGGAUUGGUCAACUCAAAUCAAAACAUACUCUUGGGAUAAUGCCCAGGUUAUCUUGGUUGGUAACAAAUGUGACAUGGAAGAUGAGCGAGUCAUCUCAACUGAGAGAGGCCAACAUUUAGGAGAACAGCUUGGUUUCGAGUUUUUUGAAGCAAGUGCCAAGGAUAACAUCAACGUCAAGCAGACCUUUGAGCGUCUCGUAGACAUCAUCUGUGAUAAAAUGUCAGAAAGUUUGGAGACCGACCCUGCCAUCACUGCUGCGAAACAGAACACGAGACUGAAGGAAACCCCUCCUCCACCACAGCCCAAUUGUGGCUGUUAAUGUCUCCACAUGACAGGCAGCUCCAGGAGGCUUGGUUGCCAACAAACAGCAUUUACAAAUGGUCAUUUAGCCUCUGUCAAUACUGCCCUAAUAGUUGAGAGAAAUCUUUGAUGUCAAUGGCUCGUACAUGCAAUUCAAUUCUUGGGAAAUUUCCUGUGUUGAUGUGUGUGGCAAAUGUGUGAUCUUAAAUUUGUGGACUAUCCACCUAUAAACAUCUGGUAUUUGCAUGUGAUUUGUUAUUUGUUUCCUAGGCUCUUUUUGUUUCAGGUUUCUUUUCAGAUUAAGCUACUGUGAGACAUCAGACUAUUAACUAUUGCUACAACUGACUUUUGUGGCAUGGGUUCAAAUUAGGCAACUGGCUUGUAGGGAUGAUGCUGACCAAGGAAUUGUCUGUGUGUGAACAGGGAGAUAUCUCAGGAGACAUUAUUUGCUUUACUCUGGAAAUAUUUUUACCCGGAGCAUUGUCAUAGGUCUAGCUCAGAAAAUGUAUUUUUCAAGAUAUUUAUUAGUAACUGGGUAGAUCUUAGGUUCAAAUAUUGUGUUUCAAGUUCUUUGCAAGUUCCCUAAGAGAGUGACUUGACUUCCAGUCAAGUAAAUAUUAACCAAUCUUAACUGAAAAGGCAAUGCUGGGUUAAGAAUGUUUCCUAUGUAAACAUCUUAAUGGAGUUUACCCAACUUUAUGAACAUUUAAGGGUGUUCACAAGCUGAGUGGCAUCUGCUGACAUUUUAACCCAGAGGGGUCUGAAUAGCUGAAUUCCAAGGCCUGCCCUCCUCCCUCCAUCAUCUUAAUAACCGAGUCCCCAUGAAACAUACCACCACAUAACUUUAUGAAACGAUAACCAGCUUGUGGAAGAGAAGUUGUGUUUCAGCUGAGCUCUUUUACCUACUAGGAGUUCUUUAAACACUAUCUUAAAAACUCUCAGAUUGAAGAAAAGCAAAUUUCAUCUCUGAUCUUUUUCAGUUCCAUACGUUGAGAAUUCUGAAGCAUACUCACAGAGCUUGAACUGUUAAUGUCCAAAGCUUCUCAGAGAUACUGCCAAAGAAAGUACUGAGUGCAAGUUGACUGGGUAAGGGAAUUAUUUAGGACUCACGCAUACGUCUGAAAGUGUCUUUGGAGAAAAAAGAAUUUUGGUUCAUACUUCCAGAGGGGGAGAAAUGUUCAAGGAAGUUAGAGGGCUCUGAAACCCAAUUCCAUUAGGACCCAGAAAGAGAAGAGGUAAAAAGGAAAGACAUUUGGAAGUAGUAAUAGGUCUAGGUGUGACUUAGAAAGGAAGAGAAGGUAGGGCCAUAGAGAAAUAGGCAAAUAUAUAUUUACGUAAAUAAUAGUCGACCCAUAUCUGUGAUGUUGGGAGAAUUACUGCAGCUUCCAGUGAAGGGAAUGGGGACACAGAAUUCUGGUGGUGGGAAUGGUAUGGAAUUGUACCCAUGUUCUCUUAUAAUUUUGUAAGUUAGUAUUCAAUCACUAGUAAUAAUUUUAAAAAUUAAUUUAAAAAGAAAAAAAGCAUUGAAAAUAUCUUUGACUACCAGUUAGAAAACUAGACCUCUUAUAUUCCGAGUAAGUUAGAAGAUGAACAAUAUACAAGAGAGCAUUUGAGGAAUUUUAAACACUUGUGUUUUUCCUUACUUUCUUAGAUUAAGAAUAGCUAGUUAUAAAGUUCUACAUUGGCACACUGCAAGACAGGUCUCUGCUUAAGUUUAAUAGGUUUAGUGGGACAACUCACUUCAAAAAUCACAAAGGAAAGAAAGGGAAGAUGGGUUGUGGGGAGGAAUAAUAGUUUUUUGUUGUUGUUGCUGCUGUGUUUUGCACAUAAAAGCCUGUUAACAUGGUAUUUUAUUUUAUUAUUUUUUAUUAUUUUAUGUAUUAUAUAUAGACAACCAGAAAUUGAGAGGAACAGAGAGACAGAGCGGGAGAAAUACAGAGAGAAACCUGCAGUACUACUUAACCUCUCAAAAAGAUUUCCCCUCAACAGAUAAGGAACAGGGGCUAAGCCCUGGAUCUUUGUACAUUGUGCCAUGUGUACUCAACCAGGUGUGCCACCACCUGGCCCCUGCAUGAAAUUUUACAACCUGAACUAGAAUGUGGUCAUAUUCAAUGAUAAUGCUGUUAAACUUGUUUUUAGGUCAAGUGUGAAGCUAGAGAAGUCUGUUGGCUCUUAUAGCCCUACUCCACACACCAUGCAAAUGUCAAGGGCAUAUGUUUUCAGGGUUUUUUUUUUUUUUUUUUAAGGACCUUGAUCAAUGUAUUGUUGUAAAGUGAAAAUCAAAGAGAGAGAAGAGAAAGGGAAAGAGUUUUACUCUUGAGUAAAUUCCUUCUCUAAAGAACUGAAGCCCUAAGACCCAGAUCACGUAAGUCAAGUGUCUGCUUAAGUGGUGUCAAACAUUACACUCUUUUUGUGCCAGUCAGGGGAGGAGAUUGCAACAAUUUGAGCAUCUUCACCAAGGAACGAUGAUGGAAGCAGUGCCUGCAUAACUGACUUCCACCCUAAAGAUCCCACCCUGGUGAGUGAAGUUUCUAGAGCGGAAGUGAACAUACAAACAUUCUUCUUUCUAUGAAGCUGCUAGAAAGAGGGAGUAGUCUCCACUCUUCAUCCCAUCAAAUAUUAUUAACAAACUUUUCAAAAGAGGAAUUUACCAAAAGAAGGUUUGCCAUGUAAGGCUCUAUCGGCAUCAGACUAUAUACUUGUAAAUUAUAGCACUAGUUUGAAGGUUUUGCAACCUUUAGUCAACAGACAGUGUGAGUGUACACAGCACACACAUAUCCACACAAGCACAAACCACGUUCUAUUACGUUCUCUCCAUCUGUCAGCAGCCUAAACAACAGUGUAAUUUUGCCACCUAUCUGAUGAUGAAAUCUGUAUUUAAAAUAGUAAGACACCUUAAAAAUAAAUAUAUAUGCUUUUAUCAGUUUAUAAAUUUUAGGCAUCCCAUCUGCCCAAACUUUUAUUGUGCUCAAUACCAUGAGGUUAGUGUUCCAUUUUCUCUUUCCUUUCACUUCUCCUUUUCUCUUUAUUUAUUUAUCUUUAUUGCCACCGGAGCUUAACAAUGGUACUAUAAAUCCACCACUCCCAGUGGCAAUUUUUUCCCUUUUUUUUCUUUUUCUUACUAUUUUAUUUGAUAGAACAGAGAGACAUUGAGAGGGGAGAAGGAGAUAAGCAAAGAGAGAGAAAGUCAUCUGCAAACCUGCUUCACCGCUCAUGAAGCUUUCAUCACGUAGGUAAGGAGUUGGAGCUCGAACCUCGGUCCUUCAGCAUUUUCAUGUUUGUGCUCAACCAGAUGGGUCACCACCCAGCCUUCUCAAAUGGUAUUUCUAAAAUAGAUUUCUCUUCUCUGCCACCCCUCACUACCUCCACCUGAACCUUGGUUUUAGCUACUGCUCCCAAGAGCUUUGGUGUUUGUUAUAUGUGUCAUUCCAUAAUGAAAUCUAAAAACUGAAUUGAAAUUUGCUUAAUCUAAAAAGUCAUGCCUUGGAAAGGAUCAGCAUUUCUGUUGUUUGGGUUAGGAAUAGAUGUAGAAGGUGCAAGAAAUUUCUUAAGUUCUCAGAUGUGAGUUUACAAGUUAGCAUUACAUCUGCAGGUUUAUAAGAAAGGCUUCUUCAGGACAGUGAGUCAUUGAGUUCAUUGCUGCUACCCCCACAGUACAGCUUCUACUUAAUCUGAGGGAGUCUUUUUUUAACGAGAGCACUGCUCAGCUCUGGUUAUGGUGGCCCAAGGGACUGAACCUGGGGCCUCUCAGAACUUCAGACAAGAUAUAGCCAUUAUGCUAUAUAUGUUUACCCACACCCUAUCUGGGUAAACUUCUAAAGGCUACAAGAUUCGCUAGGUUCUAAACUAGCUUUUUCUUUUUUAGCCUCCAGGGCUGUCCCUGGGGUUUGGGUUGGUGCCUACACUGUGAAUCCACUGCUCUCAGCAGACAUUUUUUUUUUUUUUUUUGAUAGGACAGAGAAGAAUUGAGAGAGGAUCAGGAAUGUAAGAGAGACACCUGCAGACUUGCCUCAUCACUGGAGAAGCAUUCUCUGCUUCAGGUGGAGAGUGGGGGCUCGAACCCUGGUAUUGCACUUAGUACUAUGUGCACUUAGGUGUACCACCACCAAGCCCCUCUGAACUAGUUUUUAUAGUUCUCCCUUGAGUUCAUUUAGUUUCUUUUGCUGCCUAAUAAAUAAAUGCUAAGAUUUUUUUAUAUAUAUGUAUAUUUGGAAAGGGGUCUAAGGGGAUGCCUUUAGUUGUAAAAGAAAGCUGCAGCAUUGCUGUAAUAAAUGUAUAGUAUAAAUUCUACAAAAUGACAGCCCAAAUUAUACAAGACAUCUCCAGAUAGAUAGAUAAAUAGAUAGAUGAUAGGUAGAUAGAACCAACAGAUACUUCAUUUACAUAACUGCUAUGCAGAUUAAAGUUUUUUUGUUUAGCACAGUGGUUAUUUUUCAGGAACUAAUUUAAGCAUCCAAUUUUAACUACAGGUAUACAACUUUUUAAAGUACAAUGUAUUCUACUAUUAGCUGAACUCCUGUAAAGCAACAUUAUUUUCAGAGUGUGGCGAUUGGUAACCACUGGCUCACUGUGAUGAGUUUAUCCAGCCUGGGUAGUAGUGUAGAGCGUGGUGUGGACAUACAUGCCUCCGUUCCUCUCACUGCAUGGCAUCUGUGGGACCAGAUUUAAGCUACAUCCAGACUCUACCAAGCCAGUCCAAGGCUGAGGUAGCUGUUGGUGGUUGGAAACAUCUUAUGUAUUUAUUUAUUUAUUUAUUUUGUAAAAUAUACUGUUUUUUUUCCUUUAUUGGGGGAUUAAUGUUUUAUAUUUGACGGUGAAUAUGAUACUUCCCUCUUAAAAAUGUACAGCUUUCCUUGACAAGCAGUCAAGUAGUAUUUUCUUUGUUAGAUUAAAGUAUUUAUUCAAGUCACACAUGUGGUGUUGGCCAUCCUGAAACAUUCACAGAUUCUAUCUUUUUAAGAAGGGAAUUUUCCAUAUAUGGUGCUUUCACAGCAUUGGGUAAAAAGGAAACUUUUUGUAACGUUCUGUAUGUAAUACACAUUUUGUUUUUAAAAGUCUAUGAAAUAGGUCCUGUAUGGUGAUUUGGUUGUGCAUAUCAUUAAUUGCCAAGAAAAAAGAGAGUAAAGAGAAAAUACGUCUUAGACAAAACCUUCGAAAUUUCUGCCAGAGCUUAAGAUCACAUCAUCUAGCUAGUAGGCAAAUUGAACUACUUGGGAUUCUCUAUGCCCUGCCUCCCUUAAAAAAAAAAAAAAGCACUGUUUUCACAGGAUGACAGAACCAAGGAUAGGAUCGAGUGGGGGAGAUAACAUAAUGGUUAUGUAAACAGACUCUCAUGCCUGAGGCUCCUAAGUCCCAGGUUCAAUCCCCCACACCACCAUAAACCAGAGCUGAACAGUGCUCUGGUGUUUCUCUCUGUGUGUCUCUGUCUCUAAAUUUCUCUCAAAAAUAAAAUAAAUUAAAUACUUAUAAAAAGAAGAAGAAAAGAAGGGUCAGGUUUCACUGUGGGCUUAACAUUAGCAUUGUUGGGGGUGGGGAGUUCAUCAAUCACACUUGCUAAAUGAAGUUGGGGGUUACCUGCUUGUUUCACUCACCUAUAUUCAAAUUUGCCCUCACUUGGACAAAUGAGUGCUUGCUGUGACUUUAUUUCUAGUGGGGCUAUUUCCGCAUUCAUAUUUAGGGCUAGAGAUGGCUCAGGUUCACGCACACUGUGUCUUCUUAAAGACACAAAUGGCACUUGAGCCACACAGACACCUGGACUUUCAGGGCUGUGAGUGUGACCAACAGCUGUCUAGUAGUUCCUACUCCUUGUAAAAGUGAAGUCUAUGGGUUGAUUGCUGUAUCAGUAUUGUUUCCAUGCAUUUCUUCGUCAUUCCUAGGAUGUGUGCUGAAUAAAAACUUCCUGUAAUUCUUGUUAAUAUUGUUAAUGUCAGACGUGAUGUGAUGCCGUUGGACUGUCCAAAUGUACAACUAUAUAAUGGUGUUUGUGGAACUGAAAUAUCUUAAAUGUUGCAUGAAAUACGUUAUAAAAACUAGGUUUGUUUUCUAUUUUUCAACACCUCUGAAUUGAGGGUUCAUGGGCCAAUAAGUGCAAUAUUUAAUGACUUACUCAGUGUAUAUAAACUAGUGUGAAGGUGAGUCAUAGUGAAUGAGUGAGAUGCUUUGGUGAUGUAUGAACUAAUCAAACUUAUUUCUUGUAGCUGUGUCUGUCCAGUGGUGCAACUUAUACAGUGAAUAUCUUACUGGUGUCAUGUGAAACUCCUCUGUGCCUAUUUCAAAGUUGUUUUUUUUUUUUCCUAUACAACCAAACAGUUAGGAUUUGCAGAUAUGUUGUUUUUCCUUUUUAGAACUGUGGGUUUUAUUUUCAGGGAAGAAUGGCUGUUUAUAUACAUAAUUCCUCUAAGCCUCUUAAAUAAGCCUAAGUUAGACACCUAAGAAAAUGCACAUAAGGAAGUUACUUUUAUGAACAGAAUGUUGAUCAUAUGUUCUGUCUACUAAAAGUCCUCAUUCUUAUAUUUGUGUAUGUUCUGUCUACUAAAAGUCCUCAUUCUUAUAUUUGUGUAUAUUUUAAUGACUGAAAAUGUAACACUAGCAACACGGGGGAUCCUAUAAUAUCAGUGUAUUUGUAGGUUGUAGCAACUGUGACAUUCACGUCAUCUUAACAGUUGACGGCACUCGAGAUAUAGAAGAAACAAACAUCAGGCUUUUUAAAUCAGUUUGCUAUGUCCUCAUAGACUCGCAUAUCCACCGGUACACCCCCUUGGUUAAUCACACAGUGAUUAACUUCACUAAGAUGCAAAAAUCAAGGAAUCAGACCUGGUUGGUACAUUAUCAAUAAAUUUUUAAAAAGUAUAAAUGUUAGUGCAAAUGAAGCUUAAAGUAGCAACCUUAAACUCCUGUUUUGCCAUGUCAGCUUAUUUAUUUUUUAUUAUCUUUAUUUAUUGGAUAGAGACAGUCAGAAAUAGAGAGGGAAGGGGGAAGACAAGAGAGAAAGAGAGACACCUGCAGCACUGCUUCACCACUCGCAAAGCUUUCCCCCUGCAGGUGGGGACCGGGGGCUCAAAUGUAAGUCCCUGUGCAUUGUAACAUUUGCCCUCACCGAGAUGUGCCACCACCUGGCCCCCUAUUUCAGUUUCUAAAUCAGUGAACACACAUUAAUGUCCUUGCCUUUUCAUUUAGCAGAGUAACCUCAUAACACCCUUAGGAAGAACUGGGGAAUUAUUCCCUAGAAGUGGUUAAGAGCAGCCUGUCCUCCAGGAUCAUGCCCAUCUGUACAUUAUGUAAAGCCUUCAAUACUUUCUAUGGCAGUUGCUUGGAAGUGACAUGUAAGAAUAUGCUAAUCGUAUGAAGUGGCUUUUCAGCUGCCACCAGUGAGGUGUGGCCCUAUUAAAUGUCAUAGCUUGACAUUAAUUCUUAGCUCUUCAACCCUGCAGAAACAAGUGAAAGAGGAAGAGACAGGGAGCUAAACGAUGACUUUGUGCCAAAUUAAAAAAAAAGUAAGCAUGUAACCAGUGUGAGAAUGAAAAUAUCUGAGUGUGUCAGUUUAGUUGUUUUUUAAUAUUAUGAUGUUAUUGUCAUCACUGGAGUUUCACCUCUCCAGGCUGACUGUGUUCAGGUAGAGAGAACAGAGACAGAAAGAAAGAAAGAGAAGACAUCGAAACACUGAAGCUUCCCCAAUGCAGUGUGAACUGUACUCAAACCUUAGUCACAUGACAAAGCAGACAUCCUCCCAGCCUUAGAUAUGCUUAGUCAUCACAUAGUUAAUAUCCUCUGUGCUCUGAGAAUCGAUCUGGAAGAAGUAUGACUCCACCACACAUGAGCUUAGCAACUGAGAGACAAGAGGUACAAUUACCAAGAUAUCUAAAUGUAAGUUAGAACGCAGCAACACAGAGAAUGGGGAACCUGUAAAACUGGAAAUGUCAAGAAUGUCUCUAUCAAAGGUAUCAUACAUGAUCUCAGGAACAAUUACAGCAUUUGGCAAAUAGUGGCAGGCAAAUCAGUGAGGAAUAUCAGGUUAAUUUCCUUGUAAAUGGAAGGGUGGCCGAGCUCACAACUAGAGGGCCUGGUUUUUCUCCAGAGAGCAACUGGCUCCCUGCAGCCCAAAAACUUGCCCCAGUUUAUCUCUCUCUUUGUCCUCUUAAGGAAAACAAUCUGCUGCAUCAUCAAAUUCCUCUGUACUGAGCAACCCAAGUUUCCACCACAAAAUACAAAUUGCUUUAAAGCCACAUUAGAACAGCUCCUUUAGACAUUUUGCCUAUGCACCAAACCACAAGACACUCUCUAAUCCAAUGUCACCCAGGAAGACCUGUAGCAAGAGACUUUUCUGAAGUUCCCCAUUUCCCCAUAAAGAGCAGCAGGAACUGCCACAGAUAGAGGCCUUCCUUUGUUAACAAGGCACUCUGGGUUCCUGCUCAGUGACGGCAAUGUGGAGCUCGUAAAAUAAAUAAAUAAAUAAAUACUGAGUAACAGCUUACUGCUUUCCUAUAGUGAUAGUUACACUUAGUAGAAAACUAAUGUUGCGCAGCGAACACUGUGACUAUCCGUGCGCCCACAUGAGCUCAUGUCUGGGUUUUAAGGCUAUAAAAUGUAUUCACAUUGUCAAGUUUUAAUUCUCUUUACUGAAAAAUAAUUGUGGAAAAAAAAUCGGUCUGUGCACUAUUAAGUUUCGAUGUGGAUUCUGUAUAGAAAGUGCUUUUGUUCUUUGGAGUUAUCUUGUUUUAUUUUUUGGAGGUCACAAUAAAUAUCUAAGGGACUAUAUUCCUGAA